AUGAUCUUCAUUCAGGUUGACCGGAUAGUGGAUGAGCUAAAUGAACUUGAUAUUCUUGUGGCUUCUCAUGACGUUUCUCCAUCUAUUGAAGAUGAGUUGCGUGCGAGAAGGAUCGAGGCAAAUACAAGAGUUUGGGAUAGUUUAUGUGUGCGGGAUUCUCUGCUUAGGCAAAAGGCAAAAAGUAGAUGGUUGAAGAAGGGUGAUAAAAAUUCCAGGUUCUUUCAUCCGUUCUUGAAAGUGCGGUUUCAUCGUAAUAAUAUAGUUGGUCUUAAUGUAGAAGGUGAGAUUAUUGAUGAUGUUGGGGGGUUAAGAAGGUGGGUUUUGACCAUUUCAGAAAUCGUUUUCAAGAGUCGUUCUUUAAUAGGCCUUUGA